AUGUCUACACCAAACGAUCUACGCAUUUCACGAACGCUGGGGGCCCUCUUAGGCGUCCACUGCGGGGACUCACUAGGCGCCACCCUUGAAUUCCAGCCCUGGUCACACAUUAUAAGAGAUUACCCCAACGGCUUGCGCGAAAUCAUUGGGGGCGGCUGCUUCAACUGGCCGGUUGGCCAUGCGACGGAUGACACCGAUCUAACCCGAGCAGUCCUCCUAGCCUACCGAGACUAUGAGGAAACUAAACAAGCUGGAAACAUCCAGUCGGUGGAUAAGUUUAAUGUCGCCAAAGCAGCAGCUGAGUACUCGCUCAAAUGGAAUGAGGGCGACUGGCCAGGUCGCAAGAAAGGGUCCCGUCCAAUUGACAUUGGGAACGCUACGAGAACUGGCUUACAGCAGUUUAAGAGGUCAAAAGACCCAACGAAAGCUGGCGCAGGGAUUGGCAGUGCGGGAAAUGGAAGUUUGAUGCGGUGUAUUCCGACUGCGCUAUUUGCGUCAAAUGAGAGGCGACAAAACGAGUCGAUAGCGAUCAGCGAGUUCACUCACAAUGAUCCGAGAUGCACGGUCGCUUGCGCAGCAUAUAACGAGAUCGUUGCUGCUCUUGUUAAUGACCGGACGCCGCGAGAAGCUGUAGAAAUUGGCAAGAAGGUUGCAAACGAUUUGGACUGCGCGAAGGUUACAGAUGCUAUCAUUGAGGGAGAGACGCUUCCUUUGGCGAAGAUCGCUAGUGGGGGUACCCGGGAUACAUCGUUUACUCCGUCUGGGUAUGUCCUCAAUAGCCUAAAGCUUGCGAUUGCGGCCUUGCUAGAUUCGAGGUCUUUUGAGGAAGUGUUAGUAGAUGUCGUGCGGAUCGGAGGAGAUAGUGAUACAAACGGGGCCAUUGCAGGCGGUCUUUUGGGUGCGAGAGACGGAAUAGAGAACAUCCCGGAACGAUGGUUGGAGAAACUGCAGUUUCGGAAGGAAUUCGAGGAUAUGACGAAGCGCAUUCUACAACUGCAAGAGAGAGUGAACAAAGCAUCCUAG